AUGCUUGCGCCCGCGACAGCGACAGCGGCUGUCGCCGCCCUCGCCCUCUUUGCGGGCGUGGCUGCGGACAACCAAGUCCCUCUGCAAGUUGAGAUGGUCAAGCCCAAGCGACAGCUCACAGGGCGGUUCAUGCAUGUCACUGAUUUCCACCCCGAUCCAUACUACAAGGUCAAGGCAACGCUCGAGUCGGGCUGCCAUCGCCUCAAGGGCGAGCAAGACCCCGAGGAGGAAUAUAAGCGUAGACGCAAGAACAGGGGCAAGAAUCGCAUGGACCGAGACGACGAAGAUAUUGAGGCUGGAGAAUGGGGCACGCCGAUCUCUGACUGCGACUCGCCCAUCACCCUCGUUGACCUUGCGUUCGACUGGCUCAAGAAGGAGUGGGUCGAGCAGGUCGACUUUGUCGUCUGGACUGGCGAUAGCGCCCGUCAUGACAUCGACCGCUUCCUUCCUCGUUCAGGUAAAGAGAUCUUUGACCUCAACCGCAUGAUGGCCCAACGCAUGGUCAACACGUUUGGCAAGAAGGUGCCCAUCAUCCCCUCGCUCGGCAACAAUGACGUCUACCCUCACAACAUUAUGGAGCCCGGGCCGAAUCGCGUGACCCAGGAAUUUCUGAAAAUAUGGAAGCACUUCAUCCCCGAGGAGUACCGUCACGUGUUCGAGCGUGGCGGCUAUUUUGCGGUCGAGGUCAUUCCCGACCAGCUCGCCGUCAUCUCACUCAACACGAUUUACUUCUUCGUGUCCAACUCAGCCGUCGACGGCUGCCGCCCGGGCUCGGGCGAGCCGGGUGAUCUUGAGAUGGAGUGGCUCGAGGUCCAACUCCAGGGUUACCGUGACCGCGGCAUGCAGGUCCACCUCAUCGGCCACGUCGCGCCGCACGAGGGGCUAUACUACGACGACUGCUAUCUCCGAUACGGUGACCUCGCUCUCCGGUACCAGGACACUCUCGUUGGCCACCACUACGGUCACCAGAACAUCGACCACUUCUUCUUCAUGGACGUCCCCGAGCUCGAGGCCAUCUCCCAGGGCGAGUCAGCUGCGCUCAACGGCACCCGCUACCUCGAGAUCGAGCCCAAGGACCAGCUUCUCCAGCCUACAGUCGACGACUACUCGUACCCCGGGCCCGAGAUCCACGGUCCUCACUUCCUGGAGAGCGGGCGGUUCAAGAUCUUCGGAAGGAAGAAGUCUGCGCUGCUUCUGGAGCAGCUGAAGAAAUCGUUCAGCGGACUUCCAGGCCCAACGGAGCUCAAGUACAAGGACUACACCGUCAUCAAUGUCGCGCCGAGCAUCAUUCCAACGUACCAGCCCGCGGCCCGCAUCUACUCGUACAACAUCUCGGGUGUAACUCUUAAUUCCGAGGUCCGCCAGCAGGUGGUGCACGCGGAGCCCGACGACCCCAUGGACGCGAUGUGGAAGGCGAGGAAGGGUGACUGCAAGAAGCCUGAGAACAUGUACAAGCCCCACUGCUCGUUCAAGACUCGACCACGAUACGCGUCGCCCGACUCGCCGUCACGCUCGAACAAGCCAUUCACCACUCUGGGCUACACACAGUUCUACAUCCCCAACCUCGACCAGCCAAAGAAGUCCCAGGCGUUGCCCGGGUGGGAGAUCGAGUACACUACGUUCUCGGCGCGCUCGCUCCUCCCUGAGUCGCUCACGAACGGCAUACAUAAGGCGUACGGUCAGCCCCCGCCUGUGCCGUACCACCUCCUCCCGGCCUUCGACCCCGACAUUGUCGACCUCGUGACGGCCGACGAAGUCGCGCUCCUCGAUGCCGAGGAUGACGUCCCGAGGGCUGGCCCCGACACGGACCACAAGAAGGAGCAGUUCUUACGCGCCAUCAAGCGCAUUACGCCAUGGAAGCUCAAGGACCUCACCAUCAACAGCUACGUCAAGUUUGCGCGUCGGCUCGCCAACGACAAGAAGGCGUUCAAGAAGUUCCUCGUCUACAUGUUUGUCUCCAGCUGCCCUGGAAACACAUGCUAG